CUGGCUCCUCAUCCAGAGAACUGGCCGUCUGUCAGCGCGAUGCCAGGCAAACCUGCCCCCAUCAAGAAGUCUCCAGCCAAGAAGGCUGCCGAGAAGGCACCUGAGCCUGCCCCGGAGCCCGAACCAGCUCCUGCAGAGGCUCCACCUGCAGAAGCUCUACCUGCGGAGGCUCUACCUGCGGAGGCUCCACCUGCGGAGGCUCCACCUGCAGAAGCUGCUCCAGCCGAGGCACCGGCCGAUGCAGCUCCCGCAGCCGAGGGAGAAGCUGCUCCCGCCGCCCCAGCAGAGGAAACCCCCGCUGCUCCUUCAGAGAAAGGAGCCGAUUCGACAUCUCCCACUGAGGCUGCUGCUCCUGCUGCUGAAGAUGAUGCCGCUGCUCCUGCUGCAGAUGCUCCAUCCGACGCUGCUCCAGCUGAAGCUGCUGUAGUUGAGGAGCCACCCAAGGCCCCCACACCCCCACCUCCUGCAGUCCCCACCAGUGCUCCUCUGGAAGUGUCUGUGGAUGAUGUGAACGACUCCAGCCUCACCAUUAAGUGGAAGACACCAGAGACCAUCGGAGACUCCGGCCUGGAUGGAUACACCAUCGAGUACUGCAAGGAUGGAACAACAGACUGGGUUGUGGCUAACGAGGAGCUGACCCCAGCUAACCGUUAUUGCAUCAGGAAUCUGACAGCCGGUGACCUGCUGCGUGUACGCGUGGUGGCCGUAAACCCCGGUGGCCGCAGCGAGCCUGGUACGCUCGCUGAGCCUGUGCCGAUCCGCGAGGUUGGUGAACGUCCCAAGAUCCGCCUGCCCCGCGCUCUCAGAUCUCGCUUCGUCAAGCAGGUUGGAGAGCAGAUCAACCUGGUCAUCCCAUUUCUUGGAAAGCCCAAACCUGCAGUGUCCUGGCUUAAGGAUGGUCAACCUUUGGAUACCAAGAGGGUCAACAUCAGGAACAGUGACAAGGACAGCAUCAUUUUUAUCCGCACAGCUCAGAGGGAGGACUCUGGCGUUUACGAGAUGACUGUUAAAGUGGACAGCUUUGAAGACAAAGCCACCAUCACCCUUCAGAUUGUGGAGCUGCCUGGUCCUCCUGCUAGUGUGAAGAUGGUGGACAGCUGGGGCUUCAAUGCUGCUCUGGAAUGGACUGCUCCCAAGGAUAACGGCAACACAGAUAUCACAGGAUACACCAUCCAGAAGGCCGACAGGAAGACCGGGGAGUGGUUCACAGUGCUGGAACACUACCACAGGCUAACCGCCACCGUCUCAGACCUCAUCAUGGGCAACUCGUACGCUUUCAGGGUGUUUUCUGAGAACCAAGUGGGCAUGAGUGAGACGAGCGCCGUCACCAAGGAAGUGGCCAAGAUCCAGAAGACAGGUAUUGUCUACAAGCCUCCUGAGUACCCGGAGCAUGACUUCAGUGAGGCACCGAAGUUCACCACACCUCUCAGUGACCGGGCCGCCACUGUGGGAUACACCACCAAGCUGCUGUGCUCUGUUCGUGGAUCUCCUAAGCCAAAGAUUGAGUGGCUGAAGAAUCAAAUGAUAAUUGGUGACGACCCAAAGUUUCGUCAGCUCUCCAACCAGGGCAUUUGCUCCCUCGAGAUCCGUAAGCCCUGCAGCUUCGAUGGUGGCGUGUACACCUGCAGAGCCAAGAACGCCCAGGGAGAGGCCACUGUCUCCUGCAAACUGGAGGUCAAACAGGUUAUUCUUGCAGAGACUGACAAGGAGAAGGGCAAAUAAACCAAUAACUAAACCCUCGGCGACCAAAGAACUACAGACUCUUCACAACCUGCUCAAACUCUUGGUACAGGACCUCACCACACGGGUCAAGAAGGUUUCCUUCUCCUCAUUUCUACUCUGAAGCUCACCUUCUCCUGCUCAAACUGCUGACAAAUGUUUCUGCUGCUCUAAAGUCUGCUCUCCAGAACUUCCUAAAAACUCUCAAAGUCUCUUCUGCUGCAGGUUGCUUUGUAGAACUGUUGAAGAAAACCUCACUAAACCACAUGGAGGGGCCUCAAGAUAGUCGUCCAAAUGAAACCGAACAAAAACCAAACUAGCACAACCCAAACGCUAAAGUCUCCUGCAGCCUACCAGAGAACCUCUGAGAACAGAGAAUCAGGACAGGAACUCUUACCUUUUGGACAACCAACGUUGGUUCACAAGAAUACAGAAUGUGCCUGACCAAAAACCUCUGAAGACUCACUACAGCCAAGAUAAAGAACCAACUCAGCUGCAGCAAAUCCACAAAUUCACUGCACACAUUAGCACCAUGUGUUAACUGUGGCUAAAGAACCACAUUUACCAAGACAACUAUCCAGUACAAAGCCCUAAAACACACCAAGAAACACAUUAAAGAUGAUUUUACUGCUGGAAGCUGCAAACCAACGCCUAAAGAACAAACUAAAGUAACGGCGCCAAACCCAGUUCUGUGGUGAAGAGAAGCAGAGGAAAUGUUUGUCUGCAGCUAAAUAAAGCAGGAAGACACUGAGCUGCUCAGGUGUUCCUGAUAACACCAAGCAGCCACCUGGACAGCCAAUAGGAACACAGCUUACUGGAAGUCCAACAUGUGAUUGCUCUAUUCUGUAAUCAGCUAUGACUGCGCCGUGAUUUUAAUUCAAUUCCCCACAGGAAGAUUAAAAAGGAUCAGGACGA